AUGGCGUUCGUGAAGAGAAUACCCUGGAUCGAAACACCCCUGAUUGAAUCUGCUUCCUUAUCAAAGACGGCUGGAUGCAGAGUAUUCCUCAAACUAGACCUCCUUCAGCCUUCUGGCUCUUUCAAAUCUAGAGGAAUUGGAAACCUCAUCUGCAAUGCCCUUCAAGACCCAGCCAACAGAGGCAAAGAACUCCACUUCUUUAGCUCCUCUGGCGGAAACGCCGGUCUGGCUGCCGUUAUCGCGGCGCGUGAUCUCGGCUGCCGUUGUACAGUUGUCGUGCCGUACUCGACGAAACCUAUGAUGAUCACAAAGCUGCGGGAGGCCGGUGCCACUGAUGUGAUCCAACAUGGGGACAGUUGGUUUGAGGCCGAUACGUAUCUUCGGGAGACAUUUAUUGAGAAUCAGGACCAAGGAGGCGAUGCCGCGACAAAGAGGAAUAUCUACGUUCCACCGUUUGAUCAUCCGCAGAUCUGGAAGGGUGUCGGGACUAUGAUUGAUGAGAUCGCACAGCAAAUGCCGCCUAGGGAUGUUUCGAAAGGUUCUUUUCCCGCAGAUGCUGUGAUUUGUAGCGUUGGUGGAGGUGGCCUCUUUAAUGGUGUGGUUGAGGGGCUGGGUCGACAUCUGGCAACUAAAAAUGGCGAUGCUCCUGGGGGCAAGGUCCGCGUUUUAGCCGUCGAAACUGAAGGAACUGAUUCCCUCGCUUUGUCCCUUCGAAAAGGUACAUUGCAGCCGCUCCCGGCUAUUACGUCCCUCGCUACAUCGCUAGGAGCACUUCAAGUGGCGCCGCAGACUCUGAAGAACGCGCAGUGCCCGCCCGCCAGAGUAGAUGUCGUCAGCGUUGUCGGCUCUGAUGCGGAAGCUGCCCAAGGCGUGAUUCGGCUCGCGGAUGAACACCGGUUGCAAGUUGAAUUGGCUUGUGGUAUCAGUGUAGAGGUUGGUGGCUCGGUGAAGCUGAGGGAUUACAUGCCUGAUCUGACGCCGGACAGCCGGAUAGUUAUUGUUAUUUGUGGAGGAAGCAAUGUCACUGCGGAGAUGGUGGUGGAGUAUAGGAAAAGGCUUCAUGAUGGUUGGGAUAGCGCAUAG